AUGGAUAAAGGAUGUGGAAGCCCUGUCAAAAAAAUGUUCAGCUUUGAGUGUCUUUGGAAGUUGAGUAUAUUUGUAGAGGAAAAAAUUGAUGAAAGGGAGGAGGAGGCACUGGCGGAAUGUAUGCAUACACUUAGCCGUCCAGUUACUAUACAACCAUUAGUUAUCCCAACAAAUCGAUUAGUUGGAUCUUACCGGUCUCACUUUUUCCACUUUCCACUUUUGUUUCUUGAAGUCGAAUCCCAUUUAGGGUUUGCGGAAUAUCAUCACCCACCAAAUGAAAGUGUUUUAGGAAGUGCUCAAUUUGAUCGAUUUUUUACGUCUGCAACUAGAUCCAAUUCUACACAACCUUAUCGAAAUGAAGAAUCUUCACCUCAGGAAUCGGAAUCAUCUCGAGAUGUUACAGAAGUGCAUCGAAUUUUAGCACCUCAGCCAUUUGUACCUAUUGCUUCGGGUCAAGUAAGGCCUAAAUUAAUAGAUCAAAGGCCUGCGCAGAGGAAAAUAACUGUAUUACCUAAAGUUAUCUUGGCUACUGGUGAUCAUGAUCAAACCAUAAGAUUAUGGAAGGUUCCUGAAGGUGUUUCUUGGCGAACUAUGGAUCACUUUGAUUCGCAAGUGAACAGAGUAACUUUAUCACCUGACAUAAAGUUUCUCGCUGCAGCAGGUAACCCAAAUGUUCAGCUAUAUGAUAUGACCACUCAUAAUCCGAGUCCGAUUAUCACAUUAAGAGGACAUAAAAAUAACGUAACAGCUGUCGGAUUCAUUGAUGAUAACAUUGUUUACACAGGAAGUGAAGAUGGAACUUUAAAACUUUGGGAUGUCAGGGAGAAAUCGGUAAAAAAGUCAUUCAACAAUUUUGUUCCAGAUGAUAUAUGUGCGUGGUAUAAUGCAAGAAAAUCCAUGGUAAAUGACGUAGCAAAAUACCCUUCAGAAUACAAAUUGGUAUCUAUAGAUGAAGAAGGUUACAUAAAAUUUUGGGAUAUGAGAUGUGAAUCUAGUACGAGUUUAUGUCAUCAGAUGGUUGGAAAUAAUUUUCCUGCAUCCCCUUUACAUUCCUUAAGGAUAUUGCUACUGUACGCUUGGGAUUUAACCUCUGUAAAUGCUACAAAUACUUUGCCGAAUCCUAUUAAACAUCAAGCGCAUGGUUCUAAGAGGGGAAAUAAAUCAUUUAUUACUAGAUGUUCAUUGAAUCCGGAUGCUAGUUAUCUAGCAACAUGUGGUGCGGACCAAAUGGCAAAAAUUUGGAGAAUUUCAUACAAAGAUCGUGACAAAUUAAGAGACAUUAACGAGGAAAAAAAUAUGAUUCAAAGAUUUGAAGAAAAUCAGAAAUUUAAACAUCCAGCUCCUUUCUGGGUAAAGGAUUGUGUUUGGUCGAAUGAUUCUCGAAUCUUUAUAACUGUUUCUUCAGAUACAAUAAUGAGAGUUUGGAGGGCUGCCACUGGUGAACUAGUGCAACAAUUCAAAUGUCAUAAAUAUGGAAUUAUUUGUGUUUUUCUUCAUGAAUUUGAUGAUUAA